CCCGAGAGAGAAAGAGAGUGAGUGGGGACUCCGCUAUAAGAAGAUAAAUGACAGUGCAACGAGUCAGUUUACGGUUGGACCACCGUACGCACGAUAUCGCAGGGGUUUUCCUCUUGUCCGCGAUCAAUCUACGAGAGCUACCACGCCGCGGCAUAUUGCGAAUUUCUCGACGAACAGGAGCAGAGACAGCAUCGAAGAGGAUAACAUGUCGGUCAACUUCAGGAGCGUUCUCAUAAGCGAUCCCGUGGACGAGUCCUGUGGGGCGCUGCUCGCCGAGUACGGUAUUCCAGUUACCACGAAAUACAAGCUACCGAAGGAUGAGCUGAUCAACGAGCUGCAGAAUCACGAUGCUCUCAUCGUCCGAUCCGAGACCAAAGUUACGGCGGACGUUUUUGCCGCUUGCCCAAAUCUCCGCGUGGUCGGACGAGCUGGUACCGGCGUCGACAACAUAGAUCUUCAAGCUGCCACACGAAAAGGAGUAAUCGUAUUGAACACCCCGGGAGGCAACAGCAUCAGCGCUUGCGAGCUAACGUGCGCUCUGAUCUCCUCGCUCGCACGCAACGUCGCACAGGCCGCACAAUCGCUGAAGGAGGGACGAUGGGACCGGAAACUGUACUCCGGAUACGAGUUGUCCGGCAAGACCCUCGCGAUCCUCGGAAUGGGCCGCAUAGGCCGCGAGGUCGCCCACAGAAUGCAGAGCUUCGGCAUGAACAUCGUUGCCUUUGAUCCAAUCUUGAAGGCCGAGACCGCCGCCGAGCUCGGCAUCAGGAAGCUUAAUUUGGCGGAGAUAUGGCCCAUCGCCGACUAUAUCACCGUGCACACGCCGCUCAUACCUCAAACCAGAAAUUUGAUCAACGCAACGACCUUGGCAAAAUGCAAAAAAGGAGUAUACAUCGUUAAUGUCGCACGUGGUGGUAUUGUUGAUGAGGAGGCUCUCUUAAACUCGUUGAAAUCCGGCCAUUGCGGCGGAGCAGCUUUGGACGUCUUCGUGGAGGAGCCGCCGAAGAAUCCGAUUACUUUAGAGCUCAUUAAACAUCCAAAAGUCGUCCCGACACCUCAUCUCGGUGCCAGCACGGCGGAAGCUCAACAACGAGUAGCGGUAGAAAUUGCCCAGCAAUUCUUGGCCUUGUCCGGCAAAUCGACGGAAUUCGACGUCACCGGUAUCGUAAACGCUCCGGUCUUAUCUGCCGCUAUGACGAGUGAAAAUGAACCUUGGAUAGAAUUGUCGAAGAAAUUGGGUCAAUUAGCCGGUCGCUUCCUCAAGGGCAAGCUAAACACCGUCGUACACAGUCACACCGUAGGAAACGGCAUGCAGGACAAACAGUUUAUACACACGGCCGUUCUGGUCGGCAUAUUAACCGGCCAGACAAAGAAUGGUUUGAAUCUAGUUAAUGCUCCCACCCUGGCGCAAGAUAUCGGCGUGGAGUUGCAAGAGGGUCACAUCGAGGAUGAUAACAGAGCAGUCGUCGUGAAAGUUGGAGAACAUGUCAUUAAAGGUACCGUGCGUGACAAUCAGUCGUUGUUGCUCGCUUUGGACGACGCCGUCUUUACAAACGGUAUCGUACUGAGGGAUUACAUUUGCUUGUAUCGCGCAAACCGAGUGCAAGAUCUCGCAAGCAUCGUGAACGUUUUUUCGUCAAAGAGCAUCAACAUCCAUAAUUUGAACGCCAACGGCAGCUGGGUCAUCAUUCAAACCGAUCGGGAAGUCUCGAUCCAAGUGGACGAGAUUGAGAGCUUUUGAGCGCGUUGAUCCGCAUGCUUUCAAAGAGAGAAACGUCAUUGACAAUAAGCGAAAGAGAUGGGAAUGCGGAGGCUUGAAUUUUGAAAAAUCCAGUAUUGUCUGAUUGUUACGAAUAUGCAAGGAGUUCUUGUGCUACUAUAGAAAUACGAAUUUUUUUAAAUUAUAUAAAUCGCAUUUGUUAUAUCAUUAUUUAUUAUCUGAUUGUCAAAGUAGAAGAUAAGGAAAACAAGGUAAAUCAAUAUUAUUAAUAUACAUUACAAUAAGUAUUUUUUUUAGGCUGGAAGCUAGGAAAAAUAUAGAUAGCAAAAUAUUCUCGUUAAAUGUAGCGACGUAUUAAUCAUUAACAAGUCGCAUUUCUUACACACGUAACGCACGUAGAAAUGUAAAAAAGGUAUAUAAAAUGUCUAUAUAGGUAUUUAUAUUUUUGUAUUAUUAGAGAACUUUGUUAAUAAAACAUCACAUUAUCAAAUCA